AGCUUGAUGAGUGUCCAAAGUAGCAGUGGAAGUUUGGAGGGGCCGCCAUCUUGGUCCCAGCUCUCCACGUCUCCAACCCCGGGCUCGGCAGCGGCGGCCAGGUCCCUGCUGAAUCACACGCCGCCAUCCGGGAGGCCCAGGGAAGGUGCAAUGGAUGAGCUUCAUAGUCUGGACCCAAGAAGGCAGGAAUUACUGGAAGCUAGAUUCACAGGAGUUGCCACUGGGAGCACUGGGAGCACUGGCAGCUGCAGUGUUGGAGCUAAAGCCUCAACAAAUAAUGAAAGCUCUAAUCACAGUUUUGGAAGCUUGGGAUCUUUAAGUGACAAAGAAUCAGAGACACCAGAGAAGAAACAAUCAGAAUCAUCCAGAGGAAGAAAGAGAAAAGCAGAAAACCAGAAUGAAAGUAGUCAGGAAAAGGACUGGAUUAAGGGGCCUCUGGGACAUUAUCAAGUACACAAACAUUUGUAUCGAGGAUACCAGAAGAGAAGACUGGAACAAGGAAUUGAAAACCUAUUUGAAGAAAUAAUGGCAGAAAACUUGCCUAACCUGGUGAAGGAAAUAGGGAAAAGUAUUGGGGGACGUGGCCACAAAAUUAGCGACUAUUUUGAAUACCAAGGUGGGAAUGGCUCAAGUCCGGUGAGAGGCAUACCCCCUGCCAUACGUUCUCCUCAGAACUCGCACUCACAUUCCACUCCCUCCUCAUCUGUUCGACCUAAUAGCCCUUCUCCUACUGCAUUAGCUUUUGGGGACCACCCUAUUGUACAACCAAAGCAGUUAUCCUUUAAAAUUACUCAGACCGAUCUCACAAUGCUGAAAUUAGCAGCAUUAGAAAGUAAUAAAAACCAGGACCUGGAAAAGAAGGAAGGUCGUAUAGAUGACUUGCUCAGGGCUAACUGUGAUCUCAGACGGCAAAUAGAUGAACAACAAAAAUUACUUGAAAAAUACAAAGAACGAUUAAAUAAGUGCAUAUCAAUGAGCAAGAAACUGCUUAUUGAAAAGAGUAACCAAGAAAAACUAGCAAGCCGGGAGAAGAGUAUGCAAGACAGAUUACGCCUUGGACACUUCACAACAGUUAGACAUGGUGCUUCAUUUACUGAACAAUGGACAGAUGGUUUUGCAUUUCAGAAUCUUGUGAAGCAACAAGAAUGGGUGAAUCAGCAAAGGGAAGAUAUUGAAAGGCAAAGGAAACUUCUAGCCAAACGCAAGCCACCCACAGCUAAUAAUUCACAGGCACCCUCUACCAAUUCUGAACCAAAACAAAGGAAAAACAAAGCAGUCAAUGGAGCAGAAAAUGACCCCUUUGUUAGACCAAAUUUACCACAACUGUUGACUUUGGCAGAAUAUCAUGAACAGGAAGAAAUUUUCAAACUUAGACUAGGACAUCUCAAAAAGGAAGAGGCAGAAAUCCAGGCAGAACUUGAACGUUUGGAAAGAGUCAGGAAUCUUCAUAUUCGAGAGCUCAAAAGGAUAAAUAAUGAAGACAAUUCACAGUUCAAAGAUCACCCAACGUUAAAUGAAAGAUAUUUAUUACUUCAUCUGCUUGGUAGAGGUGGCUUUAGUGAAGUGUAUAAGGCUUUUGACCUUUAUGAACAAAGAUAUGCUGCUGUGAAGAUUCAUCAGCUCAACAAAAGCUGGCGGGAUGAGAAGAAGGAGAACUACUACAAACAUGCCUGCAGAGAGUAUAGAAUACACAAAGAAUUGGAUCAUCCCAGAAUAGUUAAACUCUAUGAUUAUUUCUCCUUGGAUACAGAUACGUUUUGUACAGUGUUAGAAUACUGUGAAGGCAAUGAUUUGGAUUUCUAUCUGAAGCAACAUAAAUUAAUGUCAGAGAAAGAAGCUAGAUCUAUUAUAAUGCAAAUUGUAAAUGCACUAAGAUAUCUCAAUGAAAUCAAACCCCCUAUUAUACAUUAUGAUCUUAAGCCAGGAAACAUCCUUCUGGUAGAUGGAACAGCAUGUGGAGAAAUCAAAAUCACUGAUUUUGGUCUAUCCAAGAUCAUGGAUGACGAUAGCUAUGGUGUAGACGGAAUGGACCUAACGUCCCAAGGGGCAGGCACUUACUGGUAUUUACCUCCCGAGUGUUUUGUAGUUGGAAAAGAACCACCAAAAAUUUCCAACAAGGUUGAUGUGUGGUCAGUUGGAGUCAUUUUCUUUCAGUGUCUUUAUGGUAGAAAGCCAUUUGGUCACAAUCAAUCUCAACAAGACAUUCUUCAAGAAAAUACAAUAUUAAAAGCCACAGAAGUUCAGUUCCCUGUAAAACCGGUUGUAAGCACCGAAGCAAAGGCCUUUAUAAGACGCUGUCUGGCAUACCGAAAAGAAGAUCGAUUUGAUGUGCACCAACUAGCAAACGACCCAUACCUUCUCCCACACAUGAGAAGAUCAAAUUCUUCAGGAAACUUACACAUGGCUGGGCUGACAGCAUCUCCUACACCCCCUUCUUCAAGCAUAAUUACUUACUGACUUCCCUCCAAAAUUGGCAUGAUACCUUUGAAUUGCUUCCAGAUGUACACUUGAGUUUGAGAACCUUUGAGUGUUUUUUGUUAUUUUGUUUUUAACACAGGACAUGAUUGAGAACUGUUUGUGAACUUAGGUUCUUUGUGGCAUCAUUUAUAUGAGAGAUGAUCAUGGACAGUGAAUAAAUGUACACUUCUGACUCUAACCCUGAGCAGUGAAGGAUGACUGCCUGUUGCACAGAAACAGGAAUACGGUGUUAAGAUAGAAGAAAAAUGACUUGUUUGUGUGGGGGAACACUGUAAAUAACGUUUAUAAUACUUAAAUACAUUUGGUUGUUACUAGAGAGUUCUAAUAUGAAGGGUAGUUUUUCAUUAUUUAAAAACACUUGGAAAAAAUGAGACAUAUUCCUAACACAAGAACUAUAGUGCCUGGGUACAUCCUUCAGCAUUCAGCAGUGAAUCUGUUGAAACCAAAGUAAGAACUGAAUGAUGGUGACAGUUGUGUUUUAUAGAUAGAGUGUGAGAGUUAGAAUCUCUGGACAAAGUUAGACUUUGUCAUUUGCCUAUUCUGGCUUUUACCACAUUGUACCUCGAAAUCACAUGUCCGUUUUUUCACUGGUUAUGUUAAAGGGAGAGUUAUUAUUCCUAGAUACUUUACACCUUUGACAAAAGGAGCUACUCAUUUUGAGAUCAGUUGAAUUCACUAAAUUGUAAUAUCUCCAGUGUUUUCAACAUGUUAGAAUUAACACAUAUUUGUUUUGAUACCAGGCCUUGUUCAUGAAAACAAAUGACAGUAUGUAACCAAAUGCAGACCAGUUCUGUGCAAGAUAAUGAUAAAUUCCCUUCUAGCUCUAUUGUAAAUUAUUGUACAUAUGUCAUAUUUCAAUUACCAAAUUUCAGCAGCUUAUUCUUGUACAAAUGUUUAAAAAUAUGGCUUUUCUAAUUGGAUAUUGUAUUUUUUUUAAGUCUUGAAGGCGCUUUAAUUGCUGCUAAAUGAUGUUGAUUCUUUGCUAAAAAAAAAAAAAAAAAAA